CUCACUCACUCACUCACUCAGUGCUGGACCAGUUUGUUCACAUGAUAAAAUAAGGUUCCUGUUUAUAAAGAAGUUUCCCAGCAGUCUGGUGGUAGUUUGUGGCCCCUCAGUUGUUUCCUUGCAGCACUGACGUCUCCAUCAGGAGAGCACUGCUGUGAGCUCAUGUGACGGAUCAAGGUCCGUGGAAGGAGCUGCCAAUCGCUGCAGACUAAUCUCCCGCGAAUCAAAAGUGAAUUCCUGCCUGAACUGUGUCAGAGCAGCUCAGUCUCGCGGAGCUCAGAGGAAGUAGAUCUCUCCCAGUGUGUUGGUGAGGAAGAGGAGCGCUAAGCUGCAGCUGCACACUAUGACACCCAGGCUCGUGCUGUGCUCACAGGCUCUACGGAACAGCUGUGUGUUCUCCACAUGUGUAAAGGUUCUGCAGAGACCGUGGACACGUCACCCAGGAUCACCUACAGCCACUCGUGGCAUUCAUGUGGACUCUCCGCCCAUCGUCCCAACUCUCACUACCAGCUACGUCCAUGGCACGUCUUCCACAUCUUUUCUCCACACUACAGUUGGAGAGUCCCUGCUGAGGACAGUGGAGCGCUGGCCUGACCGACAGGCCAUGGCCUUUCUGCAAGACGGAGUUCGCAAGACCUUUGCACAGUUUCAGCAAGAUGUGGAUCAAGCUGCAGCCGGACUGCUGGCACUUGGGCUGCAGAAAGGAGACCGGCUCGGCAUGUGGGGACCCAACACUUACGAAUGGAUCCUCAUGCAGUUUGCCACAGCCAAAGCUGGCAUUAUACUGGUGUCAGUGAACCCAGCGUACCAGCUGCAGGAGGUGGAGUUUGCACUGCGGAAGGUUGGGUGUAAAGCUAUCGUGUGUCCUACGCAGUUUAAGACUCAGAAGUACUGUGACAUGCUGAGAAAGAUAUGUCCAGAGAUCGAGUCGUCCACCCCAGGAGACAUCAGGAGUGCCAGACUCCCAGAACUCCGAUCUGUGAUUGUUCUGGAUAGUCGACACCCAGGAAUGCAUCUCUUUGAGGACGUGAUGCAGGCGGGCAGCAGCCAGCACAUGCAGCAGCUUCAGGAUCUGCAGAGAAAGAUCUCCUUCGAUGAUCCGAUCAACAUCCAGUUCACUUCGGGAACAACUGGCGCUCCAAAGGGUGCCACCUUGACUCAUCACAACAUCGUCAACAACGCCUACUUUAUUGGUAUAAGAAUGGGAUACUCCUGGAAGCAUCACAUCGCCUGCAUCCCUGUGCCUUUGUACCACUGCUUCGGCUCUGUGGGCGCUGGAAUGUGCAUGGCCUUGCACGGCCUCUCCCUGGUCUUCCCCUCUGCUGGGUAUGAUGGGAAGGCCAAUUUAGCAGCAAUAGAGAGUGAAAGGUGCUCGUUCAUCUACGGCACCCCCACCAUGUACGUGGACAUGAUUAACCAGCCGGAUUUGGCAAAAUACGACCUGUCAUCAGCCGAGGCAGGCAUCAUGGCCGGUUCCCCGUGUCCUCCAGAACUUGUGAAGAAUAUUGUUUCUGUGAUGGGCAUCAAGGGAAUAACAAUCGGAUACGGCACCACGGAGAACAGCCCCGUCACCUUCUUAGGCUCCCCGACAGACAACAUGGAGAGGAAGUCUGAGACCGUCGGCUUCAUCUUUGACCACAUAGAGGCUAAAAUCGUGGACCCUUCAACAGGAGAGCUGCUGCCUCUCGGGACGAUGGGUGAGAUUCUGAUCAGAGGUUACUGUGUGAUGCCGGAGUACUGGGGCGACAAAGCCAAGACACAAGAGUGCAUCACUAAAGAAGGAUGGUAUAAAACUGGAGACAUCGGCAGAAUGGACGGGUUCGGUUACUGUCGCAUCGAGGGCAGGAUUAAAGACAUGAUCAUCAGAGGAGGAGAGAACAUUUACCCAGCUGAGAUCGAACAGUUCCUGCACACACACCCCAAAGUCAAGGAGGCACAGGUGGUCGGAGUGGAGGAUGCUCGUAUGGGUGAAGAGGUCUGUGCCUGUAUCAAACUCACUGAUGGAGAGGAAUGCACUGUAGAAGAAAUCAAGGCUUACUGCAAGGGACAGAUCGCUCACUUCAAGAUCCCUCGCUAUAUUCUGUUUGUGACCAGCUACCCACUCACCAUUACUGGAAAGAUCCAGAAACACAAACUACGCAUAGAAGCAGAGCAGCAGCUCGGACUGAAGAAGAAGUGAGAGUCACGGAUGAAGAGAAUUUAGUUAUUGAAUAUUGUCUUACGCAAAUACAGGGAUUGGCAAUUUUCUUACUGUCAGUAAAUCCCAUGAAAAGAUCAAAACCAGCAAUUGAUCCAACUACAACUUGCAUGUGUGCACAAAAACACAUCACGCUGAGUGUUCCUUCAUUUCCCUGAGCGCACACACUGCAGUUCAUUUUGACUUUUGCACUGUCUUCCUGUUGGCAUAACGUUUGCUAAAAAAUUCCUGUGACCAGAUGUGGAUGGAUGGAUGUGGAUUUGGUCUUUUCAUGGGAUUUGUUGACAAAAAGAAAAAUCUAGAAUAACACCAGCCAUAUCCUUUAUUACCCUCCUACUAUAUAAUAUAGGCGUAAUAAAACAUGUGAACUUACAGCAGACUGAAGAUCGGUGCAGAACUGUUGAACCCCUCUGUUCUCUAGAGUUCUUUUUUUAUCCUGCAAAAAUAACAAACUAUUAAAAUAUUUUUACAUCCAUUUGAAAUAAACUUUGUACCACAUUAUUAAAA